CAUUAACAAUCCACCGGGCUUUGUUUCAAUAAAUCCCCUUCCUCUCCUAUCUACCUCCUGAAUAAACCCGGAGGGAGAGAAAAAAACACAAAAAUAAUAAAAAGGGGACAAUAUAUUAAAAAAUGGCAGUUGGAAAAAUUGUUAUAUCUGUGGCAUCCAUCCUUCUGGUGGUGGGUGUUGCUAUAGGAGUUGUCACCUUUGUUCAUAAAGGUGGUGAUGCAGGUGGCGAAAAGACUCUGAACUCGCAUCAGAAAGCAGUUCAGACAAUAUGUCAGACAACCACAGACCAAGGCUCAUGCGCAAAAACUCUUGAACCAGUCAAAAGCGAUGAUCCAAGCAAGCUUAUCAAAGCCUUCAUGUUGGCUACAAAAGACGCCAUCACAAGAUCCUCAAACUUCACGGCUACAACCGAAGAAGGCCUGGGGAAAAACAUGAACGAGACUAGCAAGGCCGUUCUUGAGUACUGCAAGAGAGUGUUGACAUACGCCCUUGAGGAUCUUGAGACCAUUGUUGAAGAAAUGGGUGAAGAUCUUCAGCAGAGCGGAAGUAAGAUUGACCAGCUUAAACAAUGGUUAACUGGAGUUUUCAAUUACCAAACCGAUUGUCUUGAUGACAUUGAAGAAGAGGAAUUAAGAAAAAUCAUGGGUGAAGGAAUCUCUAACUCCAAAGUUUUGACCAGUAACGCUAUCGAUAUCUUCCAUUCUGUUGUCACCGCUAUGUCCCAAAUGGGUGUCAAGGUCGAUGAUAUGGGAGGAACUGGAGCUCCUGGGCGUCGUCUUCUUGAAGACAUCGACGCAAAGGGACUACCUACAUGGCUUUCUGGCAAAGACAGGAAGCUUAUGGCUCAGGUGGGACGUGGUGGUGAUGAUGGUAUCGGUGAAGGAGGCGGUGGUGGCGGUAAAAUCAAGGCGACUCAUGUGGUGGCUAAGGAUGGAAGUGGAAACUUUAAGACAAUUUCCGAAGCAGUUAACGCUUGCCCGGAGAAAAACCCUGGACGUUGCAUUAUCCAUAUCAAGGCUGGUGUCUACAAGGAAAUGGUCAGAAUCCCUAAGAAGAAGAACAACAUUUUCAUGUUUGGUGAUGGUGCUACAAAAACCAUCAUUACUUUUGACAAAAGUGUUGCACUUAGCAAAACCACUACUUCACUCAGUGCCACCGUUCAGGUUGAAUCUGAGGGAUUCAUGGCGAAAUGGAUCGGAUUCCAGAACACUGCUGGUCCAUUAGGACACCAAGCGGUUGCAUUCCGUGUGAACGGAGACCGUGCAGUCAUAUUCAACUGUAGAUUUGACGCUUUCCAAGACACACUCUACGUCAACAACGGACGUCAGUUCUACAGGAACAUUGUUGUGUCCGGUACAGUCGAUUUCAUCUUCGGAAAGUCCGCGACCGUGAUCCAAAACUCUCUAAUCCUCAUCCGAAAGGGUAGCCAGGGACAGGCCCAUUACGUUACAGCCGACGGUAACGAGAAAGGUGCAGCAGUCAAGAUCGGUAUCGUUCUUCAGAACUGCCGUAUCAUGGCGGACAAAGACCUCGAAGCUGAAAAGCUAACCACCAAAUCGUACCUAGGACGGCCGUGGAAGAAAUUUUCCACCACCGUAAUUAUUGGAACUGAGAUUAGUGAUGUGAUUAAGCCAGAAGGAUGGUCCGAAUGGAAAGGAGAAGCUAACCACAAAACCGCUAAAUACAUUGAGUUCAAUAACCGUGGACCAGGAGCUAACACUGCUGCUAGGGUUCCUUGGGCCAAGAUCGCUAAGUCUGCGGCUGAGGUUGAAGGUUUCACCGUCGCUAAAUGGUUGACUCCGGUUAACUGGAUUCAAGAAGCCAACGUGCCUGUCCAGCUUGGAUUGUAAGAAAACAAACAAACAAAUAUUAACGAAUAAAACAGUAUGUGAUAAUGUAAAGAGGUAACGAUAUACGACCUCGUCUCUGGGGACCAGGGCUCUUUUUGAUAUUAUUAUACAAUAUAGGGGUUCUAGACAUUGUGGGAUGAAGUUUGUAUAAGAUUGCUUUUGUUUCACGUGCAAAAAAAAAAAAAAAACUAAUGUUGUUUCAGUUGUUUUA